CUUCUGCACCGAAUAUUUUCUUCCAAGCUUAUUUACGACGUUUCUCAUUGUCUAUGCUAUAGAUACGCAUCCAGCGAUACAUACGGUGAAAAGCUUUUAUUGACAAAUGUUUAGUAAAAAUGAAGGAAAACGCUGUACUUAAGUGGCAAAAAGUUUACAACCCCAGCGGUCCCCAACCUCGACCUCGCCAUGGACAUCGGGCAGUUGCCAUCAAAGAUUUGAUGAUAGUUUUCGGCGGCGGAAACGAAGGGAUAGUUCAUGAGCUUCACGUCUUCAAUACCACCACAAAUCAAUGGUUCGUCCCAGUCACCAAAGGAGAAGUGCCCCCGGGAUGCGCGGCGUACGGCUUCGUCGUCGACGGAACGCGUCUUCUAGUUUUUGGCGGCAUGGUGGAAUAUGGCAAGUACUCCAACGAUUUAUACGAACUACAGGCCUCACGGUGGGAAUGGAAGCGUCUGAAGCCCAUGCCACCUAAAGCGGGAAUCCCGCCGUGUCCUCGAUUAGGUCACAGCUUCACCCUUCUCAAUGGCAAGGUAUACCUGUUCGGAGGAUUGGCCAAUGAAAGCGAUGAUCCCAAAAACAAUAUACCGAGAUAUCUUAACGAUCUGUACACUUUAGAGUUGUACCCUAAUUCGUCGAUGACCGUGUGGGACAUACCAAUAACAUAUGGCCAGUCCCCCCCACCCCGCGAGUCCCACAGCGGAGUAGCUUACACAGAUAAGAACACAGGAAAGUCUUCGCUCAUCAUUUACGGAGGGAUGAGUGGUUCGCGUCUCGGCGAUCUGUGGGUGCUAGAUGUGGACAGUAUGUCUUGGUCUAAACCAGAGCUUGGGGGAGCUCCACCGCUUCCCAGGUCUCUUCACACCGCCACAGUCAUAGGCCACCACAUGUAUGUGUACGGCGGUUGGGUACCCUUGGUCCCAGACGAAUCUAAGCUUCCAACACAUGAGAAGGAGUGGAAAUGUACAAACACUCUGGCUUCCCUAAACUUAGAAACUAUGACAUGGGACAACAUAGCCCUGGAUAAGUUCGAAGAGUGUGUGCCUCGAGCUCGGGCCGGUCACAGUGCUGUGGCGAUUCAAACUAGAUUGUAUAUCUGGUCAGGAAGAGACGGUUACAGGAAAACAUGGAACAAUCAAAUUUGCUGCAAAGAUCUGUGGUACCUUGAAGUAGGAGUGCCACCUCAAGCUGGUAGAGUUGCUCUCGUGAGGGCCGGGACGACAUCACUAGAAUUGUGCUGGCCGGCAAUGAACACAGUCACCACAUAUUUGUUGCAAGUACAGAAAUGUGGCAAAAUUACUCCCACUCGUUUCCCGACUGCCGCAGAACCCGUGGCUGCCCCGCCACCUGCUUCUCCUGCUGCAGCUCAAACAGAUACAGCAAAGGCCGCAUUUGGAUUAAUGUCACCAAUAUCAUCUGGCCUACCUGCUGAACAGCCGGCGCGACCGACAGCCGCCGCGGCUUCGCCUAUAACGUCGCCUAUAUCCACGCCACAGAAGGUUAUGCCGGGAACUGUAAAAGCUGCCCAGUCAGCAGUGAAAAUAACCACAAGCACACCUACAAUAAAGCAAACAUAUCAGGGCAAGACAGUAGUCAAAUCAUCACCCGCAGGAUCCUCUCAACAAAUCAAAGUGGCUGCAGUCAACCCACAGGGCGUCACCAGAAUUGUCAGUGGAGUGGGUACACCUGGAACAGUGCGGGUGUCCACAGCACAGUCUAAUGCCCAAAUAGUAAUAGGAACACCGUCUGUAAGUGGAGGCACUCCUAGGUUUGUACAAGUUAAAACUGCACAGAGCGGUGGAGUUCCGGUCAAGCUUGAAAGAGGGACACCCGUGAAACUAGCAGGUAAUGCCGUGCCACUUAAAAUUGGAGCCACCAAUCUUCAAGGUAAAAUUACAGCUAAUAGUGUUCAAAAGGUUACGCAAGUGGCAAAUGUGCCCCUCAAACUGGGAGCAGGUAACGUAAAAAUUGGCACGAGCAAUGUACUCGUAAAAACGGCUGGUGGUGUUCCUAUUCAAGCUGGAGUCUCAAAUAUGCAAACAAAAGUGGCCACUGGUGUUCCUGUGAAACUCGGUGCUGGUAAUUUACCAGUAAUAGGUAGCAGUGGUGGAGCAAUACAAAUUGCUGGAGGUGCCAUCUCCGGGCAACAAGUGAAGACUCCUGUUUAUAAAAUUGUCACUGCAAAAUCAGGCGAACAGACCGUAGUCAGUUCGGGCGCCGUGACCGCCGCCGGCGGCGCGACCGUGCUCAGACAAAGCGGAGGAAACGCGGGCAUACCUGUAAUCAUCAAGAAAACUCCCGGCACCGGAAAUCAAGCAACAUCAGGACCCCAGUAUGUCACUCUGGUAAAAACUUCCACUGGCAUGACUGUCGCAACAGUACCAAAAAUGGCUAUGGUUCAAAAUAGGCCUACGACACCAGCCAGUGGUGCACAAGCGGGCAUCGCCCCGGGAGCCACAAUUGUAAAACUUGUAUCAGCAAACACAGUUGGUGGUAACAAAAUCAUUACAUUGCCCUCCAACAUGCUACAGCUAGGUAAGUCUGGCGUGGGAGGCAAACAAACUAUUGUCAUAACGAAGUCAGCAAAUCAGACCACUCAGCCCGGCCAAUCUCAGUGAAAGAGCCCCCAGCUACACACCCAGACUAAAUGAGUGCAAGUGAUCACUGCAUGUGUGUUCUUACACACACCUGAGCGGCUUUCAGCCAGGCUGAUGAAAUUAACAAUGUAAAGUUCAUGAUAUCACUAUUUGUGCAUUAUAACGACUACAUAGUAUAUUAUAAUAUUUUAUUUUAUUAAUAAGAGUUUUUUUUUUGUAUUUUAUAUUGGGUCUGUGUUAGGCAUUAUCAUAAUAAAGUAACAUAUUUUUAUUGCACUUAAAAUUAUGAGUAUGGUACUGGCACAAAUGUUGAGCUCACUUGGCAGAAGCAUUGAUGAUCGGUGUAUACCUGGUCUUGUGUUUUACGAUGCUUCCUCAAUGUUUGUGUCCCCUACUAUACACAUGAAGAUCUGUGUCUGUAGUAUGUUGAUGUAUGUUACAAUAUAAUAUUACCAUUACAAUUUGUGACCUACUCUUGUGGAAGUGCCUGCUCAGCGGUUAGCAUUACUUUGGAACGUGGACAAGGCAAAGAGUUUGUGUAGUUUCAUAUUAAUUUUGCUUGGAACUGUCAGAUGCUGCAUAUUUCCAUGAAGUUUAUUUGAAAUAUUUUUUUGUAUGUUUAAAGUCAGGAAAUAGUUCCUUUUGAUAUUUAAAUUAAUCAUGACCAAAAACUGCCACAGUAGUUAAAUUUGCAGAAAUAGAACUAUCAAAGGCUCAUUAGUAUCGUCUUCCUAAUUGCAAAUGGAACUCACAUUCGUCACUUAAAGAUGUUUACAUUUUAAGGUUUCCAAACACCCAACAAAAUGAUUUAUUUACCAUCUGAGUAACUCAUUAUGGGUACUACUUCUCAAAGUAGAUAUUAGUUCUUAGUUUUAAUUAUAUUUAACAAUAUAAUAUAUUCUAUGCACUAAUUAAGUUUUUAUGACAAGCCAUUGUUGAUGUUUAUGUGGUGUUUAAUUGUUUGGAAUUAUAUAAUAUCUAUGGAUUUUAUAUUGGGUGGCAUUGUUAUCCUGUAUGAGGCUUUUCAUUUAUCGGGCUUGUGAGUUGCAUGUCGCGAGUUGUCAUUAUUUUUGUCCAACGCACUAGUUAUCCAUAUCAGGUGUAUUCGGUGACCACUGACCACAUGUUUUGAACAGAAUUACACUUGAUAGUUGAUUAUAUUGUGUAAUUUACUAAUAACAAAAAAUAUUAAUUUAUCAAAUAUUCUAAUGGUACUCAAAUAUGUACCACAUUAUUUGUAUCCAAAGUAAAAAAAAUAUACUUAUUAAUUUUAACAAAAUUAUUUUAUUACUUUAUACAUAAGUGCCUCGUCUGGUGUGGGAGAGGAACGUCUAGAGUCCAUACAGAGAGAAGCAUAGUAGUACGCCGAUAGUCUUAACAAUAUACCUAAUUUAUCAAGAUGUUUUCUAUAAGAAAUAUUUGACAUAAUAACAAGAUGCAGAAUAUUUUUCCUGGUGUGUGUUGUGCACUUUAACCUGUGGGUUAAAAUGGAGGAAUUAUUUUUGCUAGUUUUUGAAAAUUAUUCUGCAUUUUCAAAGCGUAGGCUAAGUCUAGUUGUAUGUAAUAGAUUAAUACUUUAUGUAACGUAAGCGAGGUAAUGUAAAUAUCAUUAAGUAGAUAAAUUUUAAUGUUAUAGUUUGUUCAUAUUAUUAUGUUCAUUUGCUUGAAUAAACGAUUUGGAUAUAA